UCGACGCUCUACUGACAGUCUGACACCUGCCACGAUUCACACUCACACACAGGUCCACUGCAGGCUGCAGUGCUGCACACCGCCGCCUGGAACGAAGCCCCUCUUCGGAAUCCACCUACACGCCCCGUCGGCGGUCCCUCGCCCGCAUCGCUAGUUCGGCACACGGAGUUUAUAAACCCCUCUGCAGUCUGCACGAAUAAUCCCCAACCCGGCUCUCGGCUCCUCUAGUCCUUUUCUCGCAUUGCAUUUACUGCGGCAUCUUUGCGUCGGAUUCGGUUCCCCUCGAUUCCUCUCCCGUUGAUUGCCUCGCCGGGUCCGGGGUCACCGGCCGGCGGGGGUUGAUUGGGUCGGCGGUUAUGGGGAAAGGGGCGAGGAGGCGCAGCCGUGCGUCUGGCGCCGGCGGGGGUGGACACGGGAGCAAGCGCCCGCGGCGGGCCGAGGAGGAGGAACAGGAGGAAGAGGAAAUGGAACCGCUGGUGGGGGAGGAGGAGGAGGUGGCGGCGCUGGAGGGGGAGGACUAUUGCUUCGUCUGCAAGGACGGCGGUGACCUCCGCGUCUGCGAUUUCAGGGGCUGCCAGAAAGCUUACCAUCCUGCUUGCGUGGGGAAAGAUAGCGGCUUCCUCAAUUCAGAUGAAGAAUUCAUCUGUGAAUGGCAUACUUGCUUUAUUUGUAAAGGGCGUUCACGUUAUUAUUGCUUUUGCUGUCCGUGGCAAGCCUUUUGUCAAAAUUGCGUGAAACAAGCAGAAUUCGUCCCAGUCUUGAGGAAGACAAAGGGAUUCUGCACCAACUGUUUAAGGAUGGCAAUCAUGAUUGAGAAGAAUGUUGAUGUUGACUCCGAUGGGGAGAGGGUUGAUUUCAAUGACAGGGCAACUUAUGAAUUUUUAUUCAAGGAGUAUUGGGAGGAGAUAGUUAAAGGCAAGGAGAGCAUGACUCUGGAUAAGCUUGAAAAAGCAUAUGCUUUUCUGAAAGAAAAACUAAACUGCAAACAAGAUCUAGAUUUAGAAAAGGUUCAUGAUGAAGAACACAGUUCAGAUGAUGAUUUUGUGGGCAAUAGUGAUGACGACGAUGACAACAAGCCAUCUUCCACAACCAAAUUUAAUGGAACAUCGAAUACAAUGAAAUUCUUCCUGAGGGAAGAUAGGCCAAUGAAGAAUGGCUAUGUGGGCUGGGGUUCAAAAGAGCUCAUGGAGUUCCUUUCCUCUAUAGGCAAAGAUACAUUGAAUUCCCUAGAUCAACAUGGUGCUACUGAAGUUGUGAAGGUGUACAUUCAACAAAAAGGUCUCUUAGCAAGAGAUAAGAAAAAACUUGUCAUAUGUGAUGACAAGCUCAAGAUUUUGUUUAGGAGAUCAAAAGUGAGGUACAACAGGAUAUAUAGCUUGUUAGGUAAGCAUAUUGCUGUGAAUAUGACAUCAGAGGAUGAAACUUUUGCUAACUCUGAUGAUAACAAUGAAACAUUUGUGAGAAAGAAAGCUCGUAUUGGGAACUACAGUUCCAGUACUCCAAAGUGUACUCCAGAAAUAAACAAGAGAUGUUUUGCUGCUCUUGUUCGCCAUAACAUUGAUUUAAUCUACUUGAAGAAAUCUUUGGUUGUGGAUCUACUAAGGGAGCCGGAUACAUUUGGCAGCAAAGUUAUUGGCUGUUUUGUGAGAAUAAAGAUUGAUCUCAACGAUUAUAGUUUCUACAUGCAUAAAAAGGUGCACCAACAUAGAAAGUUGUAUCAGCUUGGACUAGUAACAGGCACCAGUAAAUCCCCUGAAGAAUACAAGAUAAAUGAUGUAUCAACAGAUAUUCUUUUAUGUAUUUCCAGCAUACCUGACAUCAAAAUUUCAAGUUUGUCAGAUGAAGAAUACGAAGAGGAAGAAUGUCAAGACCUUCGGCUGCUGGCCAAGAAUGAAUCCUUUAAAAGGCCUACUGUUGGGGAUCUAGAGGAGAAAGCAAGAAGUUUACGUAGGGAGAUAGUGAAUCAUUGGAUCAGUAAAGAACUCCAGAGGCUAGAAAGAUUAAUUGACAGGGCGAGUGAGAAAGGUUGGCGCAAGGAAAAGUUUGAAUACCUUGAUAAGAAACAACUCUUGCGCAAGCCAUCUGAACAACAACGUUUACUUGAAGAGGUGCCUCAAGUUAUUCCAGAGACAGAAGAUAAUAAAGAUACUGAAUUUCAAGUUACAGGACAAGACAAACCUAUUCAAAAGAGUACUGUCGCUUUACAAGGUACCAAUGGAGAGAGCAUUGUUUCUUUGAAAAAAGGCUCAGAAGAAAAAUGUACAUAUGUGACAAGGGCUUCUUUUUUGAAGAGCCACACAGGGAAAAAAUCCAAAGGUACUGAUGGGGAGAGAGAUCUUUCCUUGGAAAGUUUAUCGGAAGAAAAACCUGAAGUUAAUAAGGCCCACACCGAUGGUGGUACAGCUGUAAUACACAAUCAAAAUCGGAGCACUACAGCUGCUAUUGCUGCGCUACCAAAGUAUUUGCAUCGCCAUGCUGCCACUGAAGCCAAUAAUGCUGGUGAUAUUUCAUCUGUUCAGGAGCUGGAUGGUGUUAAAGCUAGCACGGAUGUUGAUACAACUGGAACAGAUGUCCAGCACGGGAGCAUUGAAGCUACUAAAGCCAACGCUGCUGGUGAUGCACCUGGAGCAUUUUUUCAAAAGCAGUGUGCUAAAGCUGCUGAUGUUAUUACCAUUGACGACGAUGACGAGGACAACAGUCAUCGUUGUUAUAAAGAAGAACAAACAGCAGUAGUUGAUCUUGAAGCUGAUUAUGCUGGGGAUAACCAUCCCGUGCAGCUUGAGGCAAAUAGUCGAGGCCAUAAACACGUGAAGGUGAAGGAGCGCAUUUGGUAUUACAUUGAUCCUCAGGGUGAUGAGCAAGGGCCAUUUACAAUGCAGCAUCUGAGCAUCUGGUGGAGCAAUGGCUUCUUCCCCGGCGACUUCAGGGUCUGGAGAACAGGCCAAACUAGUAAUGACGCCAUCUUGCUCGUGGACGCACUGCAGAUGACUAGGUAGGCUAGUUAGGAGCCUCGUAGAAGACUAGAUGUAUUUAUGUAUCGCGGAAAAAGCGGGGGGGCUUCGAGGCAGAUAUAUGUGUUCUGCUGGGGUGUACAUCCUUCUGUGUUAUAUGAUAUGAUGAUGACAUCCUAUCCCCACCAUCACCUCACCCACCAAUCAAAAACAUCUUGCCAAACAAAACAAUGGUUGUUUGAUGGCAAAGAGGAUUUGUUGGGAUGAAAUAUUUGUGGACUAUUCAGUAUCCCUGUGCUGUGACAAUGCUACUGAAAAUCUGGUUCUUUGGCAUGUUA